CUCUUGUCUGCUUAGGCUCUCCUGUACUUUCUCUGUAUCUUUCUCUUCUUUUCAUCUUUGUGACUGUUUACUUUCUCUCUUCACAUGCGACGAGCCAGAGGUCUACUUCUUCAACUACUUUGAUCUCUAGCGUCGCAUCGGCAGCAGGGCCUGCUAUGGCUACAGCCGGCAACGGUACCUCUAGACCAGGCGACGCCAAUACUGCUAAAAGCGCAUCCCCAACGAAACCCACGACAGCAACAGCCUCAAUGGCGCAAGACCUUCUCUCACCGCUAGAGAAGAAGGCCAAUCACAUCCAAAGCGAGCAAAAGAGACGACAAGCGAUUCGUGCUGGCUUUGAUCAGUUGUGUGUACUGGUACCGAGUUUGGAGCCAUCGCAGAGUAAGAGUGAAGCGUUGGUGUUGGGCAAAGUGAGUGAGUAUAUUCAAGCGUUGGAGAGCGAGAAUGAGGCACUUGAGAAUAGUAUUCGAGGAAGAGGGGGACGAGUCCCUGUGCAGGCGGUAGAGAUUGGUCAGGCAUCAGAGGUAGAUGGCUGAGGAUGCGCUAUUGA